AUGAAAAACCUAGCUCGUGAGGAAAUUGAGGUGAACCCAAAACUACAACUGUUGAGGCGUCUUAUACGACAGUGCUACCGUCAAAAUAUUACUCAUAGCUGGAUCAAGGAAGAUGGAACAGCUGAAGAAAAAACUGAUGGGGCUCUCGUAUGUCCAAGAACAUUUGACGGCUUUCUGUGCUGGGAUGAGACUCCCGCAGGGGCAACAGCAUUCCAGUCUUGUCCUGGAUUCGUCAUUGGCUUUGAUCCAAAACGCUACGCCUAUAAAAAAUGCAUGGAAAAUGGUGUGUGGUUCUUGCAUCCAGAAGGCAACAGACCAUGGACUAAUUAUACUACAUGUGUUGAUAUAGACGACCUCAAUGUAUUCGUGAAGGAAAAGGUGGCCAUGCGUUGUUUCCUGGCGAUAGGUUGGGGCCUGUCACUGGUGAUCAUUAUCAUUUAUGCUGUUGUACGGUACCAUAUACCCGGGGCAACUGAACGUUGUUGGAUGGAGCAAAGUGAAGCGUUCUGGAUUAUAACUGUUCCCGUGAUUCCGCUAUUUGGACUGCACUUCGUUCUGAUACCAUUUCGACCGUCACCUGAAAUGCCCGGCGAGAAACUUUAUCAAGUUGUAUCUGCUCUGCUGACAAGUUUACAGGGAGUGUGCGUCGCUGUUUUAUUCUGUUUCACCAACCACGACGUAGUCACAGCCGCAAAGACGUACAUUUCGAGAUAUGUACAACAUAAUGACGUCAUACCUAUGACGGGACUAGCGCCUCGUGAUGGCACAGCCCAGGUAUAG